UGUAUUUGAGUAGGGAUGCAUCUGAAAGAGGUAAAGCAACUGAGGACUAGAGUUGGUCCUCCAACUGAAGGUGGAGAUGACAUGACUGCGCUCGAGAGGAAGAAAGCAAAGGACCUACGUGGUCAGCAAGUGUUUCUGCGUCCCGAGGAAAGUUCAGCCCCGGCUCUGGGCACCAGGCAGUCCACCACGUUGUCCGAACAGCUCCAGGAUGCCUUGCUGCGGCUGGCAGCAGUUGUUGAUGUACGCUCGCUCCGAGUGGCCCUGCGAGACAGCGUUCAGGAGCUGCUCCCCAGCACGGAGUGUGUGUGCAUCUUCGUGCUGGAGGGAGACUCCAGGCUGCUGUGUGAUGACCCGCCGUACGAAGUGCCACAGGAGGGGAAGCUCAGGAGUGCUGUGGAGCAGCAGAAGAGAUACGAGUGUGCCGGUCUCCCUCCAUCUGAACUGCCAGAGAAAUACAGGCUCUUCCUCGCUGCACCGUUACCGGCACACAGGAGAGCUCUUGUAAUUCCCAUCUUGGAUCAGGAUCACACCAAGGUCCUAGCCGUCUUACUGGUGGGAUGUGGCCCGCUAUCAGAUCAAGACGAGCUGCAUCUGAAUGUACUGGGAAAACACGCCUCGGUGGCAUGUGUUCGCAUCCAGGCUGUGCAAGCAUCCUAUCAGAGGCCUCCUCUGAGCCCGUCUCCACUGCAGUCCCACAAUGCUCUGCUGCACCUCAAUGUCUCAGAGCAGGACUACUGCGAGCUAGAUCGCAACAUUCUGCAGCUCUGUGGUGAGCUCUAUGACCUUGAUGCCGCUUCUCUUCAGCUCAAAGUCAUCAAUUAUCUGCAGCAGCAGACCAAGUCUCAGUGUUGCUGUUUGUUGCUGGUGUCUGAGGACAACCACCAGCUAUUCUGCCAGGUGGUUGGAGACAAAGUUCUGGAGGAGGAGAUCAGCUUCCCGCUGAUGUUUGGACGCUUUGGUCAAGUCGUGGAGAAAAAAAAGUCUAUUUCCCUCCAGGACAUCAGCGCUGAAGAACGCAGGCAGCUGUCCAGCAUGCUGGGCUGUGAGAUCUCCUCCAUGCUUUGUGUCCCUGUUGUGAGCAGGGCCACCGGUCAUGUGGUGGCGCUAGCCUGUGCUUUUAACAAGCAGGGUGGACAGAGACAUGCAGAGGCAGAUGAACACGUCAUCCAACACUGUUUCUGCUACACCUCAACAGUCCUCACUUCAACUCUGGCCUUUCAGAAAGAACAAAAACUAAAAGUGGAAUGUCAGGCACUUCUGCAAGUAGCCAAGAAUCUCUUCACACACUUGGAUGAUGUGUCAGUGCUGCUACAGGAAAUAAUUGUGGAGGCCAGGAACCUGAGCGAUGCAGAGAUCUGUUCAGUGUUCCUGCUGGAUCGGGAUAGCCAUGAACUAGUGGCGAAGGUGUUUGAUGGAGGUGUUGUUACUGAUGAAGAGAAUGAGUUUCGUAUCCCAGCCGAUCAAGGCAUCGCAGGCCAUGUUGCAACCACCGGUCAGAUUUUAAACAUUAAGGAUGCCUACUCCCACCCUCUCUUCUACCGCGGCGUGGACGAUAGCACCGGCUUCAGGACUCGCAACAUUCUCUGCUUCCCCAUCAAAGACGAAAACAACGAGGUGAUUGGUGUAGCGGAGUUGGUGAAUAAAAUGAACGGGCCAUGGUUCAACCGCUUUGAUGAAGAUCUGGCCACAGCUUUCUCCAUCUACUGUGGAAUCAGCAUUGCCCACUCUCUGCUCUACAAGAAAGUACAUGAAGCUCAGUUCAGGAACACGCUUGCCAAUGAAAUGAUGAUGUACCACAUGAAGGUGUCAGAGGAGGAGGUGACUAAGCUGCUUGUGACUGGAAUCGAACCCGUGAAGGAGAUUCAUCCGUGUUUUGCCGAGUUCACCUACACUCCCCGUUCCCUUCCUGACGACACGACGCCUCAUGGUGUCCUCAGCAUGUUUGAAGAUAUGGGUUUCAUCAACACGUACAAGAUUGACCUGCACACUCUCGCCAGGUUCUGUCUGAUGGUGAAGAAAGGCUAUAGGGAUCCUCCAUACCACAACUGGAUGCAUGCCUUCUCUGUCUCACACUUCUGCUACCUGCUCUACAAAAACCUAGGGUUGUCCAACUACCUCGAGGAUAUAGAGAUUUUAGCUCUCUUUGUUUCCUGUAUGUGUCAUGAUCUGGACCAUCGCGGCACCAACAAUUCUUUCCAAGUGGCCUCGCAAUCAGUCCUUGCUGCUCUCUACAGCUCUGAGGGAUCUGUAAUGGAGAGACACCACUUUGCCCAGGCAAUUGCUAUUCUCAAUACACAAGGCUGCAACAUCUUUGAGAAAUUCUCCAGGAAGGAUUACCAGAGGAUGCUGGAUCUGAUGAGAGACAUAAUUCUGGCUACAGACCUAGCUCAUCACCUUCGAAUUUUCAAGGACUUGCAGAGGAUGGCUGAUGAUGGAUACAAUACAAAGAGUCGCACCCAUCACUCCUUGCUGCUGUGCCUGCUGAUGACUUCCUGUGAUCUGUCAGACCAAACCAAGGAUUGGAAAACAACACGCAAGAUUGCAGAGCUGAUUUACAAAGAGUUCUUCUCUCAAGGAGAUCUGGAGAAAGCCAUGGGGAACAGACCAAGUGAGAUGAUGGACAGAGAGAAAGCGUAUAUCCCAGAACUACAGAUCAGCUUCAUGGAGCAUAUCGCCAUGCCCAUCUACAAAUUACUGUCCGAACUGUUCCCCGGGGCCACUGAGCUGUACGAGCGGGUGGCAGCGAAUCGCGAGCAGUGGACCAAAGUCUCCCAUAAGUUCACCAUCCGUGGGUUGCCCAGCAACAACAGCCUGGACUUCCUGGACCAGGAGUACGAGCUGCUUCAGUCGCAGGGUGCUUUUGGGAGCGACGACCACUGCCUGAAUGGCUGUCUCGAUGACACAGAGGGAGGUCAGGGCCAGUGACAAACAGCGGGGCCUCCAACAGCGUGUUAAUCCGGAAGUUUUCUUGUGGUCCAAUAAGAGGCGAAGAAUACCUUUCUAGAGGCCAAAGACAGGCUGAUCUCUCUGAUGUCAACCAGCUGGUGUGCUUUAGUGGGCCUUGCAGGCUGGAAACUGAAUCAGACUGAAUCUGAACCGAUUCGUCUGAGUCACUGAUUCGAUGCUUGAUGUCGCUUGUGUCAACCAGUCGAGGAGCGUAAAAGAUGACGAGUAUCUUUCUACAUGUCACACGUUCAUUCGUACAGUACUGAUCCUUCUUAAGAUUGUAAAAAUAAAACAAAUCGACACAUAUUCGCACAAACAAGGUGGAAGCAUUGGUAGUUGUGGCAAAGACUCCAACGUGUAACAAUGAAAUGAAGUGCUCUACUUUCUGUUACAUUUCCGUUGCCACACAUCCCACCUGCUGCUUACGAAUGCAUGGACGGACACCUUACCAGUUAUAAACCAAUCUGUGAUCAUUUUCCCCAUUCGUAGGAAAUUAAAGCAUUCUAUUUUUACACAAUCAUAGCAGAUUUUGUAUCCACCUCGUCAGAGUAUGUUUAGGAGAAUCAUGACCUCUUUUUGUUCUUGUUCAUUCAUUUCAACAUAUAAACUCUCCUUCUCUGUUUUAGUGGAGUUUAAGGGACAUUUUUGACAAUCACCCUUCAAUAACAACAGAGGCCAUAAAUUAAAAAAUAUAUAUAAAUGAACACAUGCAUUUUGUGAACAUUAGUCACAAGUAAUUACCCCCUUUUAUUGUUUGUGCUUUUUGUUGCAUUAAAAAUGUUUUAGAUCACCAAACAGAAUUUGAUAUCAGACAAAGGUAGCCUAAAGUAUGAAAUCACUAUUUAUUUUCUUUAUCUCAAUAAUUAAAUCCAAACUAACUUUGACCUAUGUAAAAAAAAAAAGUGCUUUCACCCUACACCUAACAACUGGCUUCAACAGAUGCCAUCAGUCACUGCAAUGACAAGCAAUGAGUUUUUUAUAAUGUUGUGGAGAAAUUUUGUCCCACUAUUAUUUUCUGAAUUGUCUUAAUUUAGCCACAUUGGAGAGUUUUGUGCGAUGAUUUGCCUGUUUAAGGUCAUGCCACCGCAUAUAUAGGAACUUUGAGUGCAGGACUGGACUAGGCCACUUCAAAACCUUGCCUUUGUUUCUUUUUUGAGUCAGUAAAAGGUGAACUUGCUGGUGUCAAGUGAGCUAAAGAUAAAUAUCAGAAAUUGGUGACUGCAGCCUUAUUUUAUGUUACAGAGUUGAAUUUAAUGACAGAAACUUGUUGAGGUCCUCAGGCUGAAAUACAAGAUGCCAUUUUUGUCCAUUGUGUUUCUUAUAUUUCUGUCAUGAACACUGAUUUUAACUGAGGCAGAUAGAGUGCUUUAAAUGUUGUUCCGGGUUCCUUUUUUUACAUCCUGGAUGAGCCAUCAUUAUGCUUCUGCAUUAAUUAUGAUAAACCAAUCUCUUCCAGGAAGGUUUAACCACUGAUCUUGUUUUGUUUUUUUUCUCCAUUUGGGGAUAGCAGCUCUUAUUGCUGCCUACAGGAGUCCCAUACCCUCACAAAUAUAUUUGGAACCCUUCCCAGAUUGAUGCUUGUUAAUUAUAUUUUCCCAUCUGUUCUUAAAUUUUUUUUGGUUGGAGUAUAAUAUGUUGCUUUUUUAAGCCUACUUUAUGUUGUCAUACAGAUUAUAUUCACUUUAUUUUCUGAUUCUAAAGGUCUGACAAUAAUGAGGUUGUACUUGAUGAAAAUGAACCAAAAAAUAGGUUAAGUCACAGAUAAUUCAUAAAUUAACAAGGGAGGGGCUAGAUUAGGGUUUCACGCAGCACCAGAUUAGUUUGGAUAGAUUUUUCUCCAAUAAGUGAAAUUAUAAUUUGAAGACUGUUUUUUGUAUUUAUUCUGACUGUCUUUGUCUGAUAUUAAAGGUUAUUUGAUGCUCUGAAACUUUUAAUUUCAAAAAGAAAAUGCAAAAACAGAAAAACAUCUGGUACAAAUAUUUACUACAGCACUGUUUUUUUCUUAAUCUAAAUUAUUUAAUUACCCCUUUUGCAUUUUUGUAUUUUUUUUUCCUUUAAUUAACCAUUUCAAGACAAAAAAGAAAAGCCCUUUAAACAAUCCAUCUCAUUCGUUGGUGUAAUUGUGCAGUAGAGUGUGUUAAGGAGAGUGUGUCACUGAGUGUGUCCUAUGGAUCUGCCUUAUUGCGUAUCUUUGCUGCCUUUAUUAGAGCUUUUAAUAUAUAAAAGUGGAAUAAAAAGUCUGUUUAGUAUGUUUGUUGAAUAUUCCUAUGGACACUGUGUUGACUGAGAACAUGUAUAUUUUGUAAAACACUUGUUUAAAGACCUCAAACGUUGCAUCUUUUCACUUCUUUUUCUAUUCCUGCCUGUCUGUGCAUCGUACAUGAAAGCAUUGUUACGUAAGAAACAACAUAAGAAAAAAAAGAAUCAACAAGAGAUGUAGC